AAACAGUACGUGCUGUCUAGAGUACAAGUGAGUAGUUAAGCAAGUGCCUGUAAACCAAGCUUGCUUGCGACUUGCGAGACAACACACAACACAACAGCCAUGGCAGUGGUAGACAGGUGGGCGGGCCUGGGUUCGGCGCUCGCGAGCUUCCUCUUCCUCUGGUCCAUGGUGCAGAGACACGUGCCCGUCACCAUCAGCCACCGCGUCGCCACCUGGGCCAACAAGCUCGUCUCCUACUUCAACCCCUACGUCGAGAUCACCAUCUCCGAGUACGGCGCCGAGCGCUUCCGCCGCAGCGACUUCUUCCUCGCCGCCGAGGCCUACCUGUCCGAUGCCUGCGCGCCCCGCGCCCGCAAGCUCAAGGCCGAGCUCGGCAGGGACAGCAGCAACCUCCAGGUCUCCGUCGGCGACAACGACGAGGUCACCGACGCCUUCCAGGGAGCCACGGUCUGGUGGUACGUCGUCAAGAAGGUGCCCAGGUCUAACGUCAUCAGCUUGUACGCCAACCAAGACGACCCGCGCACCUACCGGGUCGUCUUCCACAGGCGCCACCGCGACCUCGUCGUCGGCAAGUACCUGCCCCACGUCCUCAAGGAAGGACGCGCCGUCACCGUCCGCAACCGCCAGCGCCGCCUCUUCACCAACAACCCCAGCGGCGGCGGCCGUGGGAGGGGCGACGUCUGGAGCCACGUCCCGUUCGAGCACCCGUCUACGUUCGACACGCUCGCCAUGGAUCCCGACGACAAGGAGGCUGUCGUCGACGACCUGGAGGCGUUCCGGGAGGCCAAGGACUACUACACCAAGGUCGGCAAGGCGUGGAAGCGAGGGUACCUGCUCUAUGGUCCCCCGGGCACCGGCAAGUCCACCAUGAUCGCGGCCAUGGCUAACUUGCUCGACUACGACGUCUACGACCUCGAACUCACGGCGGUCAACAACAACACCGACCUGCGGAAGCUAUUCAUCGAGACCACCGGGAAAUCCAUCAUCGUCGUCGAGGACAUCGACUGCUCCGUCGACCUCACCGGCAAGCGCAAGGACAAGAAGCAGGCGGACAAAAAAUCCGAACGCGAGGCCGACGACAAGCCCAAGCUGCCGAUGGAGCCUGAAAAGGACGAAGGCAGCAAGAUUACGCUUUCAGGGAUGCUCAACUUCAUCGACGGCCUGUGGUCGGCAUGCGGCGGCGAGCGCAUCAUCAUCUUCACCACCAACCAUAAGGACAAGCUGGAACCGGCGCUGAUACGGCGAGGCAGGAUGGACAGGCACAUCGAGAUGUCCUACUGCCGCUUCCCGGCCUUCAAGGUGCUCGCCAAGAACUACCUGGACGUCGAGGAGCACGAGCUAUUCGACCAGAUAGGGCAGCUGCUCGAGGAGACCGACAUGUCGCCGGCAGAUGUGGCAGAGAACCUGAUGUCCAUGUCCAAGAAGAAGAAGAGGGACGCCAACGCGUGCUUGGAGAGUCUUGUGAAGGCUCUGAAGCAGGCCAAGGAGGAGGCGGCCAAGGCGAAGGUGGAAGCAGAGGCAAAGAAGAAGGUAGAGGCGGCGGCCGAGGCAGCAAAGUCCAAAGAGGAAGACGAGGCAAAGGAAGGCAGCGGAUAAGACGAAGCAGGCGACAAAACUUCAGAAUCGAUGAGCAACGUACGAACACACAUCAAAAGAGAUGACGACAAGUCUAGGCUCGUGAUUCUAAUAGGAGUCAUCAUUAAAAAAAGGCUUAAAUUGUAGAAUCGUUGAAAUUAGGGAACAAUGUACACUGUCUCUGGAAAUUUGUUGCAACUCUUCCACUUGCCUAUAGAUUGGUAAUGGCUAUAUAAAUGUUUAUUCACGAGU